CCGUGCACACGCCGAGCCCGCAGCCAUGAAUUAUUUGCGUCGGCGUCUCUCGGACAGCACGUUCAUCUCCAACCUGCCCAACGGCUACAUGACCGACCUCCAGAGGCCCGACGGCGCUCAGCCCGCUCCACCUGCCGUCUCCCCUGCCAGGUCUCCCACCGCCGCCGCCGCCGCCGCCGGGCCCACUCCCCCGGCCACUUCCCCCGCUCCGGAGAGGAGACCCCCGUCGUCUCAGUCCAGCGGAGCGGGCUUCUUCAGCUCCAUCACCAACGUGGUGAAGCAGACGGCCGCCUCGGCGGGGCUGGUGGAGCAGAGCCAAGUCACGACGUCGAAGAAGUUCAAGAUCCUCCUGGUCAUCGACGAACCCCAGCAGGAGUGGGCGAAAUUGUUCCGGGGAAAGAAAAUAUACGGAGACUACGACGUCAAAGUGGAGCAGGCCGAAUUCAAUGAGAUCAACGUUGUGGCUCACGCCAACGGGACCUGCAACGUCAACAUGCAAGUCCUCAGAAAUGCCACCAAGGUUAUCAGGUCAUUCAAGCCAGACUUUGUCCUCAUUCGUCAACACGCCUUCAGCAUGACCCUGAAUGAAGAUUUCCGCAACCUGGUCAUCGGUCUGCAGUACGGAGGCGUGCCGUGCAUCAACUCGCUGGAGUCCAUCUACAACCUGUGUGACAAGCCGUGGGCGUUUGCCCAACUCAUCAACACCCACAGAAAGCUGGGUUCCGAGAAGUUCCCUCUGAUCGAGCAGACGUUUUACCCAAACUACAAGGAGAUGGUGAGCAUGCCGUCCUUCCCUGUUGUCGUGAAGAUCGGACACGCCCACUCCGGUAUUGGAAAGGUGAAGGUGGAAAAUCACAGCAAGUUCCAGGACAUAGCCAGUGUCGUGGCCCUCACCCAGACGUACACCACCACGGAGCCUCUCAUCGACUCCAAGUACGACAUCAGAAUCCAGAAGAUCGGCGCCGACUACAAAGCCUACAUGAGAACGUCUAUAUCCGGAAACUGGAAGAGCAACACUGGCUCAGCGAUGCUGGAGCAGGUGGCCAUGACUGAGAGGUACAAGCUGUGGGUCGACACCUGCUCAGAGGUUUUCGGGGGCUUGGCUAUUUGCGCAGUCAAAGCUAUCCACGGGAAAGACGGCAAAGAUUUCAUCACAGAGGUGGUGGGCUCCUCUAUGCCCCUGGUCGGGGAGCACCAGGCCGAGGACAGGCAGCUCAUCGCAGACAUGGUGCUGGCAGAAAUGAACCAGGCAGCGGAGAAGGAAGCCAACGCCCCCCCGAGACCCACCACCGUACAACCAUCCCAGGGAGCCGGCCAGAAGGGAGAGAUGGGCGGCGAGCUCACUAAAAAUGGCGCCGGGCACCCGCCUCAAGGUUGCCUGCAGUACAUUCUCGACUGCAACGGCGUCGCAGUGGGUCCCAAACCAGUCCAGGCCAACUGAGCCAAUCCGGGAGAAGAAGAAGAAGAAGAAGAAGAAGAAGAAGAAGAAGAAGAAGAAGAAGAAGAAAGCGAGGGAGUCUCAAAGUCUAGAGAACGACGACGUUAACGUUAGCUGAACGCAAGCGCAGACGCGUGUUUUAGCUAACGUAGCUAGGAAUCGGAUCUCGGUGGCCGUGAGCUCGGCGCUCGCCUGGACCGUGUUUUUAAACUCUAUGCAGUGUCGACAUGUGUUCCGUCUCCUCGUGGACCUGUUUGUGUGCUCGUAUAAGUCGCCUACGUUUCGGUAGCUGUGGUUUUUCUUCUUCCUUUGGGGCCGUUGUUGAUGAUGUAAGAAACAGAUUGUGCCUACACCCCCCCCCCCCCCCCCCCAGCGCUGCUCUGUGCUACCUGUGUGACCCAGCGAUUUUCGGUGUGUGUACCCUUUUUAGAUAUAUUGUUCAAACGUGCAGUUUGAAGUUUGUGUAUUUAUCAGUAUGUGUCCAGUACGUGAGUGCGUAUGGCUGUAGUGGUGAUUAUUUUUCAUAAUAAUAAUAGAUAUUUAUUUGUUGGUUUUUGCAUGAUUGACACAAAGGAAGGUCGGUUAUUAACGUGCGGGAUGUUCAUGUUCCCCGGCUGAGUUCCCUGUGAUUCAUGCAGUGUCAGAAGUUCCACGGGAGACACAUAUUUAUUCCCAAACAGUGUGUGUGCACACACAGGAUGCAGACAUACAGUGUGUGUGGCCUUUCAUAGAGUUCAUUUCAUCGAUACGUCACCAGAAGGAAGAACAUUCGAUGUAUUUGGAGCGAGGAAACUAAUAGAUGAACACAUAAUAAAUAGUACAAAUUAGAUAUAUUAAAGAUUUUAUUACGUAGCGUGUUGUGCAGGUGUCUGCACGCACAACUUAAAUAUAUUUAUAUUAUUUCUAACCAAAGAUUUUACGAUUUAAUUUGCACGUCAGUAACCCACAGUGUAAAUAUCAGUGAGGGCACUGUUGUGCUAGUCCACAGCGUUCCUAGACAGCGUCUGUUGUUAAUCACGUGGCAGCGAGCGGAUGCUGAAUUAAAACAUUAUUUUGUAUUAUUAUUUAUUUGUCGUUCGUGUGUGAAGGCAGACAUUACGGCUGAUAAUACAAAUAAAAGGUGUGUAAUGUAUGAACCCCCCCCCCCCCCCCCCCUCCUACCCGCUGUGGCCCCAUCACUCUGGAUAUUGGCUCCUGGUGGUGUUGCCAUGACAACAAGUGCUCUCUGAGAGCGGACAUGGCGCCCAUUCAGAGAUCCAACGCUCUUCCCCGUGAGUCGACGGACCGUGCAAUACAGAUCCUUGUUUUUAACUCAAUGACGUGUUUAUUUUAAAAAAAACAGAUCUUCCAUCGGAUUAAUUCAAAAAGCUAUAGUCGUCCAUUUGAAUCGUGGAAAGAAAGAAAAAUCGCAAUCCCUCGGUUGUCGUCCGGUGGCUUUUUUGUUGUUGCAAUUUCAUGCAUCAAAUGUGCUAAAUGGUGAAAACAGCUAAAAAAGCAACCAACGACUUCUCUGUUAUGGUAUAUAAUGUGUUCAGCGAGCUCUGUGUGCGAUUCUUUUCCUCCACAAUGUUUUCAAAGUGCCAUUGUACCUGUGAGCGUGUCCUUGUGAAAGCCAUGCCUGAGGCUUUAUGGGUGUGUUGUUCUGUUUAAUAGGAAUUAUGCCAUGGCAUUGAUUUACAAGGGAGCCGCCGUGCAGAGGAACUGCGUGGUCAGACCUCGGGCCGGUUGAAUAUCUGAUGAAUUAUAACUGGACGUUGUUUAUUUGGCCGUUGUGUGUGUCGAGGGGGGGGGACUUACAUCUUCAGACCCGCAGGACUGUAACCAUGGCAACUUGCUAAAGAUGUGUGCUUCUAAAACCGGUGUUGGACUGUUUUAAAAUCAAGAUCAGAGUACAAUUAUAAUUGUGGAAAGAAAAUUCCUUUCUGGAUAUUUCCUCUUUGUCACUGGCAAUAAAGCUUCCUUUGCAAUA